GAGCUGCUGGCUGUCCUGCAGCGGGAAGGGCCGUCGACGGAGGGGAUAUUCCGCAGAGCUGCCAGCGCCCCAGCGUUUCGGGAGCUGCGGGAGGCCCUGGACUGCGGCGCGCACGUCGACCUGGGAAGCCAGCCUGCGCUCCUGCUGGCCGUCAUCUUGAAGGUGAGCGCUUCUGACCUGCAGCUGCGAGAGCUCCUGCAAGGCCUGGAGUGUUCAGAGGCUCAGCUGGAGCCCUUGCCGUUGCAGGACUUCCUCCGAAGCAUCCCCGGCAAGCUCCUCGUCAGCCACCUCUACGAGGACUGGAUGGCAGCCAUGCAGAAGGCCAGCAAGGAGGAGAAGAUUGAAGAGCUGAAAGCGGUGGCCGAGAAGUUGCCUGCAGCCAAUCUCCUCCUCCUCAAGCGGCUGCUGGCCCUCCUCCAGCACAUCGCCCACAACGCCUCCACCAGCAGGAUGAGCUGCAGCAACCUGGCCAUCUGCCUUGCGCCCAACCUGCUGAGCCCAGCCAACGAGGACCUGCUCCCGCUGGAGGCCAUGCUGGAGGUGACCGAGAAGGUGAAGGUGCUGGUGGAGUUCCUGACGGACAACUGGAGGGAGCUCUUUGGGGAGGAGCCAGCUGCCCUUUCGUGUCCAGCAGCCGAGGAGUCGCCAGCCCCCCCGGAGAGAUGCAGAGAACUGCCUUUGGAAGAGCAAAGUGUCCCUGCAGUGAGAGCAGACAGCGAGCGUCAGGCAGAAGCCUUGCUGCAGGCAGCCCCGUCUCUGCUCGGUGUCCUCCAAGCAGCUGGGGCAGAUGUGGGGCUGGAGUCUGAAACGGGAGAGGCACCUCCAGCUUUGCCUCCAAGCAGCCCUGAGAGCGCGGCAGACUCCCUGGUGCGCCCAGAAGAGCUGGCGAGCCUUGCGGAGGAACGAAGGCUCUCACCAGGACAAGGAGAAAAAGAGAAGCCGGAAGAGAAGGCAGGCGUGGGGAGAGGAGAGCGAAAGCCGCGCGGCAGAAAAGAGGAGGAAGAGAGAAACCGUUUGGGGGAUGGAGCAAUGAAACGAUGCAGGAAGGUGCAGCAGGUCAGGAAGCCCAGGUGCUGCUGGAUCGAUGGCCACUGGCUGAAGCGCUGUGACUCCUGGGCCCCCCCACUUGAUGUCCACAAUAAAAGGAUCUUUUCUCUCUUGUGA